AUGCUACGAAGCCUCAUCAGGAACCCGACGAAUCUGACGACACCUCUUCGCCGUUAUCUUCUGUCUUCCUCUCCGUCCAGUCUGUUCUCUUCCUGCUCGGUGGUGACUCAGUUGAGCCGGGUACCUAGUUUGCUAGAGGGGUGUGACUAUGAGCACUGGCUUGUCGUCAUGGAGGCUCCCAUGGGAUACCCACCUCGUGAUGAGAUCGUUAAUGGCUAUGUCAAGACUCUCGCUAUGGCUUUCGGCAGUGAAGAGGAAGCAAAGAAAUCUAUAUACUCAGUUUCCACUAAAUACUACUAUGCAUUUGGUUGCAAAGUCCCAGAAAACUUCACUUAUAAGAUCAAAGUCUUGCCAAAUGUGAAAUGGAUUCUACCAGAUUCUUAUUUGUUCAAUGGUGAAAAUAGUUAUGGAGGAGAACCGUUUGUUAAUGGGGAGGUUGUUCCAUAUGAUGACAAGUGUCAUAUGGACUGGAUCCAGGACAGAAAUGUUGAUAAAUGUAAGAGCUUACCCAACUUAAAGAAAUCCAGGAGAAAACGUAGAAAAAACCAUCUAACUAUAGGCAUGUAGCCGGAUUUAAACUUUUCCAUCUUCCUGAAAGUGAAGAAGCAGUGCCAUCCAAUCCACAAGUUGUACUUUGCCGAGGCUAUCAUUUGGAUGCAUAUCAGUGGCUGGUUUUCUUUGCCAAGCUUGGACUCAAUUGGAUUCAGGCUUAGAGAAAUACUUGGUUGAUGUGGAAUCCUAUUUAGUUAUGUCAAAAAUUUACAGAGCAACUUGGUACUGCAACUACAAUGGCACAGAUAGUUACUUAACAUGGUAUUGGAGUUAAAGUCUUCUUAUUACAAUCAGCAUUUGUUCAUCUGUAAUCUGUUCUGUCUGGGUUUGAUACGUUUGCGGACAGUCCACAUUUGAUAGACAGAGAAGUUGUUAUUACACAGGAUUUGGCUACUUAGGAGACAUCCCCCUUGGGAAAAAAAGUUGUAACAUCAGCUGAUAGAGCACAGGAUUUGAGGGCCAGGAAUUGUAAGAAAAAUUUUGACAACUGAUGAAAGGGAGGAGCAUUCUCAUUGAUCUUCAGGAUUUAGGAUUUGUAUAUAUCAUGCUGACAUGUUCUGUAGGUAAGCAAAAUGUAGCAAAUUGUGAAUUUUCUUUGUUUCAAUGUCUUAAAC